UCAAACCCCUAAAACUUUCCCCAAAUUCCAAGGAUUCAGAUCUUAAACCUAAUUUCCGAUUGGGGGUUUCAAUCAAGCAAGCUUUACAAGAAUACAAAAAUCAGUCACCAUACCUGCACACAGAGCCACAAACGCUAAAGAUAGAGGAUAAGGGCUUAUUUUCCACAAAUUAAUUUUGGGAAUUAUUUUUUCUAGUAUUAAAUUGACACCAAAUAAUUGUUUUGAUUUUAUCCAUACUUUAUCUUCUACACACUUUCCCACCUCUGUUAAUCUCCAUUUAUUCGUUUCUCUUGAUCGCCAAGAAACACUCGUUACAUAAAAAAGCUGCAGCUGAAAAUGGAAGCCAAUCAGCGAAUUGCAAGAAUUGCUGCUCAUCUCCACCCUUCAAAUGUCCAGAUGGAGGGUGGAUCAGUACUGGAGCAAACUAAUUGCAGAGCAAAGGGAGGGGCACCUGGGUUCAAAGUUGCUAUCUUGGGUGCUGCUGGAGGGAUCGGUCAACCUCUAGCCAUGCUAAUGAAGAUGAACCCAUUGGUUUCGGUUCUUCAUCUCUAUGAUGUUGUUAACUCCCCUGGUGUCACAGCUGAUAUUAGCCACAUGGACACUGGAGCUGUGGUGAGAGGUUUUCUAGGGCAACCACAGCUUGACGCUGCACUUACGGGGAUGGACCUUGUGAUUAUACCUGCUGGUGUUCCAAGAAAGCCUGGAAUGACAAGGGAUGACCUUUUCAAGAUUAAUGCUGGAAUUGUUAAAACCCUUUGUGAAGGAAUAACAAGGUCUUGCCCGAAUGCAAUUGUCAAUUUGAUCAGCAAUCCUGUGAACUCUACGGUCCCAAUUGCUGCAGAAGUUUUCAAGAAAGCUGGCACUUAUGAUCCCAAACGGCUGCUGGGCGUCACGAUGCUUGAUGUUGUUAGAGCCAACACUUUUGUGGCUGAAGUUUUGGGACUUGAUCCAAGGGAAGUUAGUGUUCCAGUAGUUGGAGGACACGCAGGAGUUACAAUUCUGCCUCUUCUUUCACAGGUCAAACCUCCCUGCUCCUUCACUAAAGAAGAAACUGAAUACUUAACAAAGCGCAUUCAAGAUGGGGGGACAGAAGUUGUUCAGGCCAAAGCUGGAGCUGGCUCUGCAACACUAUCAAUGGCAUAUGCAGCAGUUAAGUUUGCAGAUUGCUGUCUUCGUGGCUUAAGAGGAGAUGCUGGUAUUGUGGAGUGUGCUUAUGUGGCUUCUCAGGUCACAGAACUCCCCUUCUUUGCAACUCAAGUCCGGCUAGGUCGUGGUGGUGCAGAAGAAAUAUACCAACUUGGACCUUUGAACGAAUAUGAAAGGGUUGGAUUGGAGGAAGCCAAAAAAGAGUUGGCAACAAGCAUUGAAAAGGGGGUUUCUUUCAUAAGAAAAUGAAGGGGUGUGAGGUUGAGGUGGUAUACGAGUGUUGACUCUCUUAUCAUGUCUUUGUUUAUUACUUCAUGUUCUUAUUAAUGUACCAAUCAAAGUAUACCUAAAAUAGAUGUAUCAGAAUAUCCAUAUAUAUAUAAUACUAUGUUCCAUCUUAUUA